CAGGUCAAUGCUAAAAUCUCGGUCAUGAGCGAGUCAACGUUGCCGUUUUUUUGCCCUCCCGCGGGCAGCACAGCCCCUCAGCCCCUCCCGUGUGGCAUUUUUCAUGCACCACCGGUGCCCGCUGUCCACUGACAAGCAAUCGGCUUGAAGCGAUCAGCGGGUCUUCUGCAUUGGUAGCAGCACAUUUCAGCUGCUCAAGGGGUACAACGUACCCAACCACGGGGCCCCCGUAUUCGACCACUCCGUGCAGUAACUCACAUGCUCCUUCUGCUGGUCUUGCCGGGAACCUCGCGUUCCUCACGUUGCAGUGGCAUUUUCAACGGUUUCGUCAACUCAACCUCUCGCUCCACCCUCCUUCACCAGCCUCCCGGCGCCUGCGCCACACGCGGAUCUCCCAGGGUGGGGGAGCACUCGCCGCACAGUUUCUUCCCCGGCCGGCAGUCCCUGUUCUUUUUUUGGAUACUCGCUUUUUCGGAACCUCGAGAUCUGGGGAAACCCUAUAGAGGACGAUCGUCGGUUUUCGGGGUCGCCAUUUUCCCACCUCACGCCAUGAGACAACUACGCAAUCGACAUGCUUUCGCGUUAACGUACGAAUGCGCAUUCAUGUCUUGUUUGCCAACACACCAACCGUCGGUGGUACUCGAGCAAAAUGCGGCAGCCUUAGAUAUUCAUCCUCCACUUGGGCACGGGCACGAUAGCUGGUGGCGACUAUUGGUACGAUCCCCGUUGGCUUCAAGACCAGGCAUGCCUUGCGUAGGAAACCUGUCCAAAACGAACCGUCCUGCUCACCUUAGGCACUGGGCUCAAGGCUCAAGCUUGUUGUGCUAUUUUGGACCCAGCCUGAGUCACUAGACAGAUCCAUGAAUCUUUGCUAGAUUUUCGCAAGAGCCAAUGUCGUUCCACUGGCGUCCGACGACAAGUGACGCAUUGAGAUCACCCUGAAUAUGGGCAACAGUCUGCACUGGAAACGAAUAGUAGUGCAAAGAUGCCUUCCUGCAGGAGCUUGAUACCUCUUGAUAUUCAACUUGUUUUCCCGGGCUCCGCCAAAGCCA